AUGAGACCGAUUUGCCUUCGAGGACACGAACGUGCUGUUACUCAGGUCCUCUACAAUAGGGAGGGCGAUUUGAUAUUUACUGCUGGCAAAAAUCCCACACCAAGUGUAUGGUUUAGCCAGAACGGGGAACGUCUUGGCACCUUUAAUGGUCAUAUUGGUGUUAUUUGGUGUUUGGACGUGGAUUGGACAUCAACCCGCUUGGUUUCGGGGUCUGGUGAUGCUACCUUAAGGCUGUGGGAUGUUUCAAACGGCAAGGAACUGAAUUGUAUUACUACCGAGUCUUCUAUAAGAGCGUGUGGAAUUUCCUACUCUGGGAACCUUGUCUUUUUUGCUACUGAUAUUUUUAAACAGAAUCCAUCCGAAAUUCGUGUAGUAGAUACUCGCGACAAAAGUCACAUGGCCGGAAACAAGUUUGUUUGUCUAGCCAAUGGAUGUGCACCCAAGGGUCGUAUAACCGCAGCUAUUUGGGGAGACCUCGAAGACACCAUAAUCGCUGGUACUGAACAGGGAGAACUCAACAUGAUUGACGCGCGCACUGGCGAAAUUUCCAUGUCUACUAAAGCCCACGCCAGUAUUAUCACCGAUCUUCAAGCGCACGUCGAUCGGACAAUGUUUAUUAGUUCCUCUAAGGAUCACACCGCAAAACUUCAUGGCAUUUAUGCAAUGGAUUGCAUCCGUACAUACACUGCCGAAAGACCUGUCAACUCUGCCUCCAUCUCUCCCAACCGACCUCAUAUUAUGCUUGGCGGUGGUCAAGAGGCUCGCGACGUGACAAUGACUGCCACGCAAUCCGGCAAGUUCGACGCCCGAUUCUACCACAUGAUCUACGCAGAGGAGUUCGGUCGUGUGAAAGGACACUUCGGUCCGAUUAAUAGUGUCGCGUUCAAUCCCGACGGGAGUGGAUUCGCCACUGGUGGGGAAGACGGUUACGUUAGACUGCACACCUUCGACCCCGAUUACGAAGACAUUGAGCAGAGAAUCUUCAAUGUGCCCUCGGCUCAGUCCUGA